UAACCGCUUUUGACAGCGAACAUAGUCGAGCUCCAGCUAAAUCUAUAGAAACAACUCAUCAUUGGAGAGAGUGAAAUUUGAAAGUGCUAAAGUGCUAAUUAAUAAAGAAACGCCAGCAGAUCGUCCACAAAAAUGCGAGGAAUCGCUAUCGUUUUCUUAGCCUUUUUGGCUUAUUCGAGCGCUUAUCCGCUAGAGGAGCAACAGGUCAGUGUUCUAGUACCUGAAAGUUCGCUACAAGUGGAAGCUUCCGAAAAGGAUGCAGUAGUACCCGACGCAUCCGAAAUUGUACAAAUUGUAGCCGUGCCGGUAGCAGAAGCAGUGCAAUCAAAGGCUCAGCAACUUUUGGAUGUUGAUGCGGGCGUUUCGGCAAGCAUUGAAGGAGCUCGUCAAGCACGUCAGUUCGGUUAUGGCGGAUUCGGCGGCUUUCCCGGCGGAGGUUAUGGCGGCUUUCCCGGCGGUGGUUAUGGUGGCUACGGCGGAUAUGGUGGCUACGGUAGAUAUGGUGGCUACGGAGGUUAUGGCGGCUACGGAGGCUACGGAGGCCAUCGACAUGGUCAUCGUGGUGGAUUUUUUGGCUAAAAUAUAUGGGAGGAAUAAGAAGCUUUAAUUGUGAUAAAUUAUGUAAAAGUCAAAUGUGUGUACACUUACAUCUACAUAUUUAUUUAAUGAAAAAACUGAAAUAAAAAAUUGACGGAAUCGUGACCAAAAAAGAAAUAA